UAUUUAAUACACUUUUUUUCUGGUCGAAUAGAAGAAAGGAUGGCGAGAGAGCAUUAAAAUGAAAGACUGAUCGCCUGUGAUGGAAUAGAUAGAUACCGGUCCGAUCGUUUACGAAUUUCAAAGAAAUCAACGAUAUAGGCUAGCCUACGCAUAAAAUCUGUCUUCUCCAAAACUUCGAAUGAAAUAGAUGUAGCGGUGGUCCAACAAUAUGUCUUGUCGACGGAAGACAUUGUAAAAAGUUACAGAGAGAGUUUAUGAGCAAUAACGACCACAAUCCGGAUGACAAGAACGAAUUUGAGACCUACCCUUGAACAUAUACAUUUUGGGAAAACGUUGAUUGUUUUUUUGAAAAGGACCAAGGAAAUUAUUAUUAUUAUUAUUAUUAUCGGAUAACACUUAGGUAGAUCUCAAUCUUUUCAGCCGGGGUGUUCUCUACAUCAGUCUCUCUGACUUUUUCCGCUUGCUGCGGGGAUGGGGGCCGCGCCGGGUUCGGGCUGGGAGGAGGGGGAGUUCGAGUUCAAGUUGGUUUUUGAGGAGGACCCGCCGCGCCAACUCCGGGGCCCAUCCCCGCUGCGUAACGCGGACCAGGAGCACACCAUCGCAGGGGAGAGGACGGAGAGCUCCCUUUCGCUCCCAGCGUUGAGCAAUACUGACAGCCACCUGGCUGCCACUCAUGUAGGCCAGCCAAUCGGCAUCCCUACCCCACCGUCUUCUUCAGCCAGUCAAAGGGCUGGGAUGCAUUCCCCGCCCCCCAGACGUGCCUUGGUGAGGGAGUUCAGCGGGACUUAUGAGAGUCUUCCAGCGCGAUCUGUACAAGUCUCAGAGUCCCGUGUGUUGGAGUGCCCUAGCAUCCAGAUCACCACUAUCUCCCCAGAGGAUGACACUGCCCCAGCAGGAAGUAACUACUGGGACACAGGAGGUGGCUGGGAGAGGGAGCGCCUCUACCUCCCCCUACUAGACCCGUUCUGCUACCGCGAGGGCGGCACCGGCACUGGGUCCCUGAGCCCAAGCCCUGCCUCCAGCCCCUCUUCUCGCGGCUGGCUCAGUCCUGCAUCCAGCUGUGAUUCACUGCUAGUGGAGGAGGAGGAUCUCAAUGAGGCCACUGCCCAUUUCUGCCUGUCGCCCUCCUCCCGGCCAACCUCCCCGGGGGGUAAGAAGCGCAGGAACUCCCCCCUGGCCUCCCCCUGCACCUCCCGCAGGAGCAGCUACUCUGAGGACCACUCCUGUAUCCAGGAGGGAGGAGACUCCAACUCUCAGUCACAGAGUCCCAACAGCAGCUUUGAGCUGAGCAUCCCACAGAAGACCAGGAAGACAUCACUGGAGCAGGUUUCCCCCAGGGAGGUGGAGCAAGAGCAGGCUCCAACCCAUAGCUCCCACUGCCCACUGCCAGAGCCGCUGCAGCAGAGGAGAGAGGCCCCCUCCAUGGGCAUGGACUACCUGUCUGUGCCCCCUGCUCUGGGCUGGGGUAGGACCAGAGCCAGCGCCCACAGCCCUCUGUUCAGAUCCAAUGCUCUGCCACCACUUGAUUGGCCUCUGCCAACUCAGUUUGACCAAUAUGAACUGCGUAUCGAGGUGCAGCCCCGCCCACACCACCGAGCCCACUACGAGACGGAGGGAAGCAGAGGAGCCGUCAAGGCAUCACCAGGGGGACAUCCAGUUGUUAAGCUGACUGGGUACACAGAGAGACAGCCGCUCUCUUUGCAGGUGUUUGUGGGAACAGCUGAUGACAGGUCCAUCCGGCCUCAUCCUUUCUAUCAGAUUCACAGGGUGACAGGAAAGAUGGUGGGCACUGCCAGUCAGGAGAGCGUCCAAGCUGGCACCAAAAUACUGGACAUCCCCCUCAACCCAGAUACCAACAUGACUGCGCUCAUUGACUGUGCUGGCAUUCUGAAGCUGAGGAACUCGGACAUCGAACUGAGGAAAGGAGAGACAGACGUAGGGAGGAAGAACACGCGUGUGCGCCUGGUGUUCCGUACCCACCUCCCCCUGGCCCCUCCCAUGGCCCCGCCUGGACGGGUGCUGGCCCUGCAGGUCGCCUCCCUUCCUAUAGAGUGCUCCCAGCGCUCUGCUCAGGAGCUGCCAGUGGUAGAGUCGGUCAGUCUUACAUCCUGCUCUGUGGAAGGAGGGGAGGAGCUACUGUUGGGUGGGUCUAACUUCCUGCCCAUGUCCAGAGUGCUUUUUAUGGAAAGAGGGACAGAUGGAAAGCUACAGUGGGAAGAGGAGGCACAUGUUGACCGUGACAACAGUAAUGAGUGCUUGCUGUGUGUGCGAGUUCCAGCCUACAGCGAACUCUCAGUGAGCCGCCCAGUAUCUGUGUGCCUUUACGUCUCCAAUGGGAAGAGGAAAAGGAGCAGCACUCACUGUUUCAAGUACCUCCCCGUCAUGUUUAAAGAGGAGGACCCUCUGCAGUCGCGUCCCUCUGCCUUGCCCCUGGAGGGGGUGACACUCUGCUCCAUGAGGGGGCCCAGCAGGGUGGACAGCGGUGUGCACCGGGGGAAUGAUCCCAUGCUUGAGGAGGGAGGGCUGGCCUUCCACCUUCCCCCCUACCCUUCAGCCUGCUCUCCCCCCUACCCCGGCCAGGGCUACCAGGAGUACUGCCACAAGCCGGAAGCUGUGGAGGAGAGCAGAGGCUCUCUGUCGGAGAGACACCCCAGCUUUGAGAAUUUGGAGCUGGGCUUCACUGAGCUACUGCCUCCCUUUUACUCCAGAGUCCCCCAGCCUCCCUCUCCCUCCCCCUCCCCAUGGCUGGACUCCCCAUACCUGUCCUCUUCCCCCUCUCCCUCCCAUUCCUCCUCUCUAAGUCCCUUCCCCUCCAGCAGCCCCAUC